AUGGCUGACAGACUACCUAACCGAUCCAACUCACUUCUCGGUACUAAAUGGUCAGCACUCAACCGUGCUUAACGUUACUUGCGGGAUUCCCCAAGGGUCAGUACUGGGCCCAUCGUUGUUCGCCUUGUACACCAAUAACCUAUUCGGAGUUACUUCCAUAAUUUUCAGCAGUUAUACCGUUCUCGGACUUGGUCAGUGCGGAUUAAACUGAUGAACGGGGAAUAAUAGAUUAAACAUCUUACAAUGAUUUGUUCUCUUGUCGUUCAUCAAGGAGUAUUGUGUUACCCUCUUUUGGUACAAUUUAGAAAAAACCUUGAAAAGUUGAAACAGCGAGGAUAAACGCAGAUUUGACUACAUUGUGUACUCAUCCUGUUAUUCUCUUUGCAGCCGCUAAGUGGCCUCAACUGACAAAACCUGUGAAAGUGGUCAGAACUAAGGAAAACAAGUUGAGUAACAGGUAACGGCUUUCAUGCCUUCCAAAUGAUGACAACAUAUAAUUUAACAUGCGCUCGCUUUUAUUUUUGAUCUUUUGUCAUCUUUGUUAACAUUCUUUAUCUCUGUCAGGUUUUACCCUUACAAUGAAGUAGAAACUGAAGCGAUUCUUGCCAUCGAUGAUGACAUUCUGAUGCUAACACCAGAUGAACUGGAAUUUGGUUUCCAGGUAUGCGUACACCGUACGGUAGACCUGUCUUCAAACCACACAUUAAUUCGAAUCAAUCUCUAACUUGUGAUAGGUGAUCAGUUCCGCCUGGAACACACGCAUUACUUUGCUGCUACUUUAGUGUGCAUGGUGAGUCGCCAAGAGUGUUUUUCAUAAACGUGUAAGCGGGUAACAUGAAAAAGGUUCUAGUCUUUUAGUAGGAAUAUAUAAACGUCAUCCAAAUUUCAACCAUCUAUCAUACUCAAGUUUUUUCCAGUAUCCGAUAAUAUCAUUGCGGAGUUUUCUCUGCCGUGUCCGGACACUUAAUACUGAAAAGAGAAGUAAUCGUGCAUGUUUUUUUUUUUAAUCUUAAGGCGUGGCGGGAGUUCCCAGAUCGUCUGGUGGGAUUUCCUGGUCGUGUUCACACUAAUCAGAACAGCAGUUCCCAGUUUAAGUACGAAUCAGAGUGGACUAACAACGUAUCCAUGGUACUGACGGGAUGCGCUUUUCAUCAUAAGGUAUCAAAAGUGCUAUGGGAUUCUUAAUUCUUUAUGUUGUCUUGUUUCUGAAAUCUUGUUACACUUCCUUAUCACAAGAGGAAACAACGAGACGUAUCGGAUUUUUUAGCGGGCAGAUAAAUACCAAUUUUGUUUGAAUUGAAAGGUCUUGCUUUAACAACGUAAGUGAAUAUAUUAAGUCCAAUAACAACUCAGUCAAAAUAGUUUGAUGAGGGUAUGUUUUGUGUAGAUUCUUAAAUUGUUAGUCAUCCAUCUUCACCAGCGCGUUCGUUACGAAUUUCGCCAUAAUUAGCCUGCCUCUAUUCUACUAUUACUUUGAUUAGCUUCUUAACUGGAUAGUGCCUCGCGGCGUUGCGGCGUCCGUACACCGCAAAGAACAAUCAGUUAGUCUGGAUAUAUAAAUCAAUUCAUUAACUGGUUGAAUCGCGCAUAAUUACGGCCUUGAAAGCCAGCUGGAUUUUUUAAUACCUUUAAUAACUAGGCUGUUCAUUUUAUCGCGAGGAUAACAUUCAUGACUUUCCUGUGCUUCACUCACAGUUCACAUAUAUCAUGAUCUAUCCCAUUUAUUCCAUGCAAUCACAAUAAUUAAAGGUUACUACCGUUGUUUUUCUGAUAGUAUUUCAGUCACCUGUUCACGUACAUGAUGCCUUCAUACAUCAGGGACUGGGUUGAUAAACACAUGAACUGCGAAGACAUUGCUAUGAAUUUCAUGGUCGCUAAUUACACUGGAAAGGCACCAAUUAAGGUAAUGAAUAGCAGAAGUGACCAGGGAGACUUUGACGAAAUGUACUGAACCUCCUAUUCGUGGAAAUUGCUAAUAGUGACUUGAAACUACCAUAGCAACGACAAGAUAGCGUUACUUGAAAAAGGGAUUAUCGUUCAUUUGAAUUACCUUAAAUGCGUUACUGAAGCGUCCAAGGACCUGAAAUCUCUUAGAAAUUUUUUGAACUUUAUAGAAGGAAAGAAAAAUAGCCCACGGGUCUUCUCUUCAGUUACCUGUUUUAUAUGGCGGCUAUCUUAUUUUUCCCGACGAUGAUGGGGCCAACCACGCACUGAAAUUUCAGCGUAUAUCGCGUUAACAAAUUCAAGUCGUUAAUGCCACCACAUAAACCAAUAUACAUUGCAAAGAACAGGCAAGUGACGACUAUCUUAAUGUCAAACGAGACCGUUAUUUUUUGCUUGUAAUGACUCUAAGACGCGUCUUGAACUGCACCAUUAAUGCCAGCCUAUAUCUCCUACUAUUCCUUCCUUUUUUCUGGGUGAUUCAUAUUGCAAGUGAUACGUUAUUCCCAGUUAGGUUAGAGAAGAGUUAAGUGUAAGUUGAUUUUUUAUGCAUAUUUUGCGUUGCUUACAUCCGCAGGUUACCCCUAGAAAGCGCUUUCGCUGUCCGGAGUGUGUGACCGAAUCUUUGUGGGCAGAUCCAAGUCAUUUUGUAGAACGAUCUGAAUGUCUGAAUGAAUUUGUCCGAGCUUAUGGUCAUAUGCCACUUAAGACUGUGGAGUUCCGAGCUGAUCCGCUGUUGUUUGGCGAAAAACUGCCGGACAGGGUUAAAUUGUACAAAGAUAUAGGAAGCAUUUAA